UAUUUAAAAAUUUUGUUUGGUUUAUUUUUACAAAAACUUAUUUAUUAUUGACAAUAAUAAUAUUAUUAAUAAAAUAUAUUAUAAAAAAACACCAUGGAGGAAGAUCUUAUAUCCCAAUUCAUGGAUGUAACUAGUGUUGAUCGUGAAAGAGCAGAAUUUUAUCUAGCCUCGUCAGCUUGGCAGUUAGAGGUCGCCUUAACAAACUUCUACGAGUACGGAGACCAAGGUCCCAUUGAAGAAGAGCCAGUUUUGGACCACGUAAUAAACCAGUUUACAGAAGCGUUAUCUCAGCCAGAAGUCGAAGAGUCAAGUACUAUGGAACCAUCAAAGCCUUCAUCGAGUAAAUCCAAACAAAAUUCUAAAAUACGAACACUAGCGUCUCUGCAAGAUAAAGACAGUAGUUCUGAUGAAGAAGGCCAAGCAUUUUAUGCCGGUGGUUCGGAGCACAGUGGCCAGCAAAUACUAGGACCGAAUAAGAAAAAAAAUGACAUCAUCAGUGAUAUGUUUAAAUCAUGUCAAGAUCAAUCGAUUCCUGUUGAUGAGAGAGCGAGUUCUCAGCAACAGAGACCUAGUACUUUUAGUGGAACUGGUUAUAAAUUAGGUCAAACUAGUAGUGAUACUGAAGUUAUUCCUGGUGCAUCGAGUCAACGUCCAUCGGAAGCUGGAGUAAUUACAUUGAAGCUUUGGCGUGAAGGGUUUACAAUAAAUGACAGUGAGUUACGUCCUUACAACGAGCCUCAGAACCGCGAAUUCAUGGAAACUAUUAAACGAGGAGAAAUUCCAAUGGAAUUGCGCCAGGAAGUUCAAGGUACUGAAGUACGUCUUGAUCUUGAAGAUCAUCACCAUGAAGAUUAUGUGCCUCAAAAGACUAAAGUUAAAGCCUUCGCUGGACGUGGGCAUAUGUUAGGAAGCCCAUCACCAGCAACUGUUGGAAUGACAAUGCCAACAGACCCAGCAGACCAGUCUGCCAAUGAAUCUUUAGCCCGUACACAGCUCAAUGUGGACACCAACAAUCCAGUUACAACAAUUCAAAUAAGAUUAGCCGAUGGUCAAAAUAUCCGUGAGCAGUUCAAUCUCACUCACACCGUCGGCGACAUAAGACGUUUCAUUACAACGAUGCGGCCACAGUACGCAGCUCAAGACUUUACUUUGUCUACGACUUAUCCCACUAAAGAAUUGACUGAAGACAAAAAGACCAUCGAAGAAGCUGGUCUAAAAAAUUCAGCAAUCAUGCAGCGUCUAAAGUAGACAAUUGACUAUUUAAGUACUUGCUUAUUUUUGAAUAUUUUUUUUCAAUUAUCUUUUCACUAUUUACCAAAUAAAAUUUAUAAAAAAAAUCAAAGCAAUUUAAAUAAAAGUCUGUACU